AUGAAGAGUUUUCUUCCAUCUCUUGACGCAGGCUGCGUGCAGAGCCAACACAGGGAACUGGCAGCUUGCGUCAUGUGGCACACAUGCCACCCAUGGGUUAAUUGCAAGAAAACGAUUUUGUUCCAACAUUUUCCUGGGCAUUUUCUAUUGCAGGAUACGGUGGUGGUGGGAGGGCGCCAGGAGUUGAUUAUGGCAGGAAUGUGGUGCUUUUACAUCCAUGUCCCAGAUGUUUGGCUAAUAGACAGGAGUAGGGUUGCAGGAUCGUGUGUGUGUGUGCGUGCGCAUGCGUGUGCCAACAAGAAAUGGAGAGACUUAAAGAUAUCUGUCUGUGGGAUGUUAAAAGGUUAG